UGUCUGAUCUGACUGAAUUGAAUCAGACAGAAACUAAGAAGACAGACAGAUGUGAAUUUAUCGUCGAUUUGGAUUUGAUGGUUGUUCCCAAAAUAAUCUUAUUUUAAUCCGACUGCGAGGCAUUAGUACAUUAUUUUCAGUCAUUCCGCUCGUUUUCGUUUGAAGUGUUUGCGAAUUUUUCAAAGGAAUCAAGAAAAAUGUCAUCGACCCCGGCAGCCGAAGAAAUUGACGAGGCGAAAGAGCGCGCUCAUUUUCGAGCAGUUGUGAAUGCUUUUAAAUAUUAUAAACUAUGCAGCAUAGACAGAAUCCACAAGUCCGAGAAGAUUAUAUCAAUACUGCCAUCAUCUCACCAGCGACGGCUUGGCAAGUACAAGACAUACCUUGCCAAAUUCAAGAAUUGUCUCGAUGUUAACAACAGUGUUGUGCACAUGAUUAUCAAAGACGUGGACACAAUGUUUGAGAACGUGGACCACAGUGUGGAGGGCAGCAACGGAACGAACGGAGCGGAGAGCUUCGGGUGUAACUACAACAACUGCGAGAUCGCGUCGCAGAAGCAGCACAAGAUGCAGCAUGACGUCGAGAAGGUACAAUCAGUACUAAAGAACAUAGUGAGGGAUUGGAGUGACAUGGGUGCGCCGGAGCGGCUGCAGUGCUACAAACCCAUUCUGGACGAGAUCGACGAGCGAUAUCCCAUUGAAGAAGUCAGAAACCGCAGCCAUAUAAAAAUCUUAGUUCCGGGCGCGGGGCUUGGCCGGCUGGCGUGGGAGGUCAACGCCCGCGGGUUCUCGUGUCAGGGGAACGAGUUCUCGCUGUUCAUGUUGUUCGCGAGCAACUUCAUACUCAACCGCUGCGGUGAGGUAAACCAAUACACAGUGCACCCCUGGGUCCACCAGUACGUCAACAACAUGACGUGCGAACACCAGCUGUUGGGGGCCAAGUUCCCGGACGUGGCGCCCUCUGGCGACAGACCCAAUCAGAACUUGUCUAUGACAGCUGGGGAUUUCCUAAAGGUGUACACAGAACCAGACGAAUGGGACUGUGUGGCGACGUGUUUUUUUAUAGACUGCGCACACAACGUCAUAGAGUUUAUAGAGAGGAUAUACAGUAUAUUGCAGCCAGGAGGAUAUUGGAUCAAUUUGGGACCACUUUUGUAUCACUACAGUGACACACCGACUGAAAAUAGUAUUGAACCACCGUAUGACAUUCUAUUAGACAUUAUAAGGGACAUCGGAUUUGAUAUAUUAAAAGAGAAGACUGGAGUGAAAACGAAAUACGCACAGAAUCCUAACUCCAUGAUGCAGCAUGAGUAUGACUCAGUGUUCUUUGUGUGUAGGAAGCCUUAUUGUAUGUAGGGAGCCUUAUGUGAUAAUGUCAUAGAUGUAUUAUGUCCCGCGUCUUGAAGUUUGUACUGACGUCAAGCUGAAUAGGACUCAAAUUGAAAUAACUUAUUCGGAAAUUGACUUUUUACAGGUCAAACUUUUUCACGUCAAAUUUUAUAUUAUACUAGAGGUCCGUACCGGCUUCGCUCGGGUAAAAUAAUACUGUGUAGACGACUUGUUUUUUAUGUUGACAUGUUUUUGUUGAUUGUGUAGGGUUAAAACACGCAACCCCGAAAUUAACCAUGAAUCCCAUCAAUCAGUAUUUUUUUAUUUUAUAUUUCACAAAUAAAAUAUCUAGAUAAUCAUAUGAAAGUGAAAAUACAAAAUUUUUCUAGCUUUAAACCCACCAAAAUUGAAAAUCGCAUAAAUUAAUAUACGUACAAGCCUAAAUUAAACUCUAUUGCGCCGGAGAGUCUGUCUGCUGUUGAGUUGUCUGCACAGAAAAACGGCUCUGAGGCUCUAUGGCUAAGGAAGUAACCGAGACAACGCUCGGAUCACAGAGACAACUAGGCAUAAUAUAUCUAUGUUUUAUACCAACAUAUUUAAUUAAAGAGUAAACAGAAAAAAAAUCGUUUGUUUGUUUACAACAAAACUUGAAUUACAAUAUUUUUUUGUUUUUGUUUACCGCUCUCACAUAAGUACAUGUAUUAUAUAUUGUAUUGAUGUAUUAUAAUAGAACUAUCCACACAUUAGUUAGGUGAAUUCGGCGGCACGUGAACGGUUAAUCAUAUUUUAUGGAAUAAAAGUAAUCUUGAAUUAAUGAAAAGCAUACUUGACCAAAUUAAAAACAAACGUUUUCUUGUCAAACUUAUACAGUAGAAGCUAGUAGUUUUUAACUUGGCCAGAUAACUUUGUUAAUUCAUAUUGCUUAAUAUAAAUUAAUCGUCUAAAGAGAGAGAUCGCGAAUAAAAAAAAAUCCCUAAUAAGUGUAACAGAUUCAUAAUUGUAACGCAUCCAAAAGUCUAAUAUACUAGCUGCGUCCCGGGGCUUCGCUCCCGUGGGAAUAACACAUAGGUGUCUACCCUAUGUGUUAUUCCAGGUUAUAUUAGUGUACCAAAUUUCAUAACAAUCCGUCCAGUAGAUUUGGCGUGAAAGAGUAACAAACAUACAUACAUAUAUCCUCACAAACUUUCGCAUUUAUAAUAUUAAUAAGAUUAAUCUAUAGAAUUAUUUCUGUAACACUUGUCCGCCAACGAAGAGACCUUUUUAAAUUCCUAUUGACACGCCCGGUUUAAUUCCCGCUCGACACCCUCAAUUUUUUGUUAUUAAAAUUCCGACAUCGGUUUUCCCACUCGUCACUGGUGCUGGCCAAAUCGGUGACGAAUGGGAUUUUUUUCUUACAAAAAUUCCAACGGGGCGGGCCUAAGCUGGGGAUGACGAGCGGGAACUACCGAAAAUCCAUCCGGUAGUUUUUGAGUUUAUCGCGUACAUACAGACGCGAUGUGUCGUGUCGUGAAUUCUUUUUAUAAUAUGUGAAGAUAAAGAUGGAUAAUUUAUUUGCGGUCUCCCAUUCUAACAAAUUGUUAAUAUUAGGAUAGAUUCUAACAAAUUGUUAAUAUAUUGCUCCGUCGUCUUCCGUUGCGACUUCCUUGUUUUCCAUAGGUUUGAUAUUGGCUUGGUUGAUCCGUCGACGGACGAACGCAACGGAGGACGGCGAGGCAAUGAGGCUGGGCUGGGGAGGUAAUUUGUCUACAUUUGAAAGUGAUAUCAUAGACGAAAAUAAAAUGUACAGAUUGAAAACCAAAACACGCCUAAAGUAUAGUUUAGGAUAAAAAUAAAUACAUUUUACAUUUUAUUUUAAGCUGUGUUAGCGUAUUGUUUUAUGUUAAAUGCAUGUUAUAUAUGUAUGUAUCCAUUAUAUAUUAUAUACCAUGUCAGUAUAAAUAACUUUUGUACCGACAUAGUAUAUAUGUUACGGCAAAGUGGGGCUACAUCUAGGUUUAGCCAAACAUAAUAGGCUAAAUCUAGAUGUAGCUGAGCUUUGGGGUUUAGCUAUAACAUAAUGUAUAUUGUAUCCAUGUAGAUAUAGGCAAUACUGGAGCCGGCACAACUAAGAAUAUUUUGAUGCAAGGUUGCUAUCUCUUUCAUCUGUAGUACUUCUCUUAUUGAGACAUGGUUUUACGCCCUAUAAAAUAAAAAAAUAAAAUGUACCCUAUGUGUUGUUCCAGGUCAUUUUCAUAACAAUUCAAAUUUCAUAACGAUCUCCAGUCCAGUAGAUAAUGCGUGAAGAGGUGACAAACAAUUUAACUUUCGCAUUUAUAAUAUUAGUUGGGAGUAAACCCAUCUAUGGUAUAUGUCAUAGGUAUAACGUAUAGUCAUUGUAUAGUUCUAUCAGCUGACGAGCGCGUAUGUAAAUAGUAGCAUAUGACUCUCUUACUCUUCAACUCCACAUCAACUUCAAAAUCACCUCAAUCCGUUGCUAUGUUUUGACGUGAGACACGGACAAACAAAACACACUUUCACAUUUUAUAAUAUUAGCAUGGUGAAUAGAUGUGUGAUGUUGAGAAUCUUUUUGGAGUUUCUAGAGAGAGUACCAUAAAUAUUUUUUUAAGAAAUAAAUAAAUAAAAGCGAUCUUGGUUUCCUCGUUUAUAUAAAUCUAAUUAAUUGAUUUUACAAGUAAUUUAUUCCCUUUGGAUUCUAUCUUCCGCCGCGCAAGAGAGAGAGGUCGGGCUACAGAUGAAAGAGAUAGCAAAUACAUAUACUUCGGAUCAAAAAGUUCUUGUAGUUUAUACUAUGCUAUAGGUAAUACUGAAGCUAUAGAUCCUAUAUCUUCAUGAUUCUACCGGCUACAGAGAUGGUUUCAAGUUUAAAAAAAUUUUUGCUAUACUAUUAUCACAGGAGUAAGAAAUCGGAACAGAGGCUAAGUUUUCUAAGGAGUGUCCCUAAUUGUUACCUAUUUUAUUAGACAAAGGAUAUUUAAAUAAAUAAAAAAACAGUACAUUUAUUAGAUUUACACCUCCAAAACUAUUUACACUUUAAAGUAUCAUAAAAUAUUUACAAUUUAUUCUACUAAAAACAAUUUUAAAUUUUUUACCAAGCAAGAGCGCGACACAUUGUUACAGCCGUUGCGCGGCCCUCAGCUUGUCUACUGGCCGAGUGCGCAUGAACCGGUUUUAUCCAGUUGCGGCGCGUACGCGACAAGCGGCCAGUAGACACGCACACAUUCGCUGUACGCUUGUAUGUACACUACUAAGUGUACCUACGAAAAUGUAUGAAGCUUAGCCUCUAUUCCGAUUUCUUACUUCUGUGUCAUUGUAGUCCAGGAAAUGUAUCACAAAAUAAAGUAUUAUUCUUUUGUCGCCUUGCGCUUAGAACUGAGCAUUUUUGGGUUCCGCAGUAAACAAGGAACCCUUAUUAAUUAAGCAGUAUUCAAUAUAGUAUUUGAAAUCGAAAGUGAAUAUUGGAAUUUUUAUUGCCUGAGCCAUAAAGUUUGUACCAUGUUUUAGUGCUCAUACAAAAUGUUGAAUGCAAUGUGAUCUCUCUGUCGUCAAUAAAAUUUUAUGUCAAAAAUGACGUUUUUGUAAAAAAAAAGGUCUUAAAACUUUUAUAGUGUAUAUUGAUUUCCGCCUUGUACCUAAGGUACUAAGAUCACAAUUUGUUGUUUAUGGUUUCGCAAAAAUGGACAUAACUCAGCGGCACACACUAAGCUGACGAUCCGUCCGCUAUAUGGAGGUCCUGGGUUCGAUUCCUAGCGCGGGCAAAUUUUUGUCACAUGAUCACAGUUAUUUAUUUUAGUAUGCGUUUGUGGGUGUGUUGUGCCCAUUACUGUGUUUUGUGUCCUACGAUACAAGCUUAGUGCUUCGUGUGAGCCGUUGAGUAUUGUCUGUUUAAAGUUAUAUAUAAUAGUUACUCCUAAGGUCGUAAGGAAAGCGCAAGGCGUUUUAAAACCGAAGACUUUUAGCAGUUAUGUUGUUAGCUUUACGUAAGUACACGAGAUUAUAAUUAAAUUGUUUAUUGGGAA